UCCAUUCUAUGCCUCAGAUAAAUGGAGGAUAAGAUGGGUUGGAUUACUAUUUGAAUAUCUGGCUUUCAUACUCAUUUUUUCACAACAACAUCGCAUUCAUUACGGACUUAAUCUUAUGGAUUAGUAAAUGGAUGUGUUAAUUUCAAACGUACACCGCCCGAUAGUAAUCUGGAUCUUUGAUAAAUAUACAUGUUAAUCAACUGAUUUAUGAAUGUUUUAAUUAUUAAUGAGGAUAUUCUGUUCAAUAACAUAUAUACGAUACUUCACUUGGCUAUCGGUAAUUGAGGACAUCACAUGACCAAACAGCCAUGAUCGGAGUCAGCGAAAAAGAGCAAGGAUCAUUUUUAUUAAAAUUUGUGAUGAAGACGUCUAAAUAUUACCUAAUCCUGCUCAUUUUUCUGUGGCGUUUGACAAAUUGCUGCCAUCUCGAGACAUUUUACGCCCUAUCCGGAAAUGUUGUCGUCGACGCUUCGUAUCUUACCAUUUCCACGAACAGUCUGCUCUUGUGUGGCAGGAGGUGCAAACUUCAGAGGAAAUGUUUGUCCUUCAACUUUGACACCAAGGACAAGAAAUGCUACCUUAACUACAAAAGUCACAUGACUCCUGGCGUUCUUCUUGAUGAAAAUCUAAAUCACAUUCGAUCUUUCGAUGUCAGUGUUUGGAGUGAAGAAGUCCUUUACACCGGAAGCUGCAGCAACCACAGCUGUAGACAUGAUCUUGUCUGUAGUGAAGGAGGAAGCGAUCCCACAAUGCCCUACACGUGUACACGUGACACACAAUGUCAGGUGAAUGAUGGGUGUUCCGGCUGUAUACAGGGAAGUGGGAAUACGAUACAAGCGAACGUCCCGGAUUACACACCUAUUGGUUGUUACCAUGCUGCUGGCAGUAACACGGGGUUUACGAGCUUUGUUAAUCUCAGAGGUGGAAUUAACUGGGAGGACAUCGAAUCCGUGAUCCGAGAGUGCGCUCUGGAAACCAGAAGUAGACGAUUAGCAUUCUUUGGUAUAGAGUUUUAUGGAGAGUGCUACAUGAGAGAUGACACACUAGAGGCGUCUUACGCACCAGUGUCCUCGGGCUUGUGCUCGGAAAAGUGUGCUUUCGGAGUCGGUGCUGCCGAUAUUAUUUUCCUUUAUCAGAUCAUUUAGAAUACCGUAAUUUUGAUGAUUAAUUUUCUGGACUGUGUCAGAAACAUUUUCUGCCCCAGAAAAUGGAAAACGUUUUCUAAAGUUAGGAAGUGCCAAUUUUUGCUAUUAGUAAAUUGUUUAGGAUAGC